UCAACCUGUUUGCCGUCAAGUGCAGAAGCUCGGUGCGCAACUUGGGGCUUCUCCAUUCCGCCUCUGCUGGAUUCAAUCUAAACCCCCACCUGCUGAAUUUCAUCGCGUUUUAGUACUAGUGCAACCUUCUGUGAGCGAACCGCGGCUGUUAUCACUCCUGUCUCCGUCUCCUCUGGUGUGCGACAGGCAGCCGGAGAGAGUGGAUCUGGGGACAGACAGCCCACACUCCCGCGCCGCUUCUAAGCAAGGGAAGCCCCCCACGCGUUGCGCGCCUGGAUCGCCGGUAGAAAUUCGCGUCGCGGAGUGCGUGUGCAUGCGCGUCAGGCUCUAAAUGUGUGUGUCCGCGCACGCCAAAGCCCCGGGCUCCGUCCUCAACAGUUGCUACCGGAGCGGCGGAGAGAAGAGGUGGAGAGAGAGGGAGAUAGCAGACUGAGGACGGACGGACGCGGAGCCCCACGCCGCUCUGCCCGGCUCUGCUCCUGACAUGCAGUCGCUCAUCUCUCCGGUGACCAAGGCCAUCCUAGUAGCGCUCUUCAUCUUCGCCAUACUCCUCAUCCUCUAUGUGAUCCUUUGGUACAUUUGCAGAGACGUGGACUGCGACCACGGCAUUUGAGGAUUCCAAACGGGAAUAACGGGGGAUUUCGCAAUGGGGCGCGCAGAGGAGCCCAGGGUCAUCCCGUACAACAAAGAGAGAAGCGAGGAUGGACGACUUCAUAUUGGAACGUGUCCCAUUCAAGGAACUGCACUUGUUACCCGGAGCUGCUCCUCCUCUGCACCGCUCACUCUGUGACAGAAGCAGGCAGAGAUGUUGUCUGCUGUCCGGUCCUAUCUUCUACCAAUUAUCAAACUGUACCUGCUUGGUUUCAAGGUUCUGUUGGUGCAGCUGUUCAGCAGACCUUUCAGGUUGCCAGUGAUGCCCAGACAAGAUGGCAAGGUUGCCAUAGUGACAGGAGGAGGCAGGGGAAUCGGCUUUGAGGUAGUCCGCCACAUGGCAAGACUGGGGGCACACGUUAUCAUAGGUGGUAGGGAUGAGCAGGAGGGUCUGGCAGCCGUCAGAAGGAUCUGUGAAGAGUACAAAGAGGCCAAAGUGGAGUUCACCAAACUGGACCUAGCCUCUCUGCAGUCUGUUCGUCAGUUUGUGCAGAGCUUCACGGAGCGGGACCUGCCGUUAAACAUUCUGGUCAAUAAUGCGGGUGUCAUGCUGGUUCCUGAGGGCCGUACUGAGGAUGGAUUUGAGCAGCACUUUGGCAUAAACUACUUAGGCCACUUCCUGUUAACCUGGCUGCUCCUGGACACACUGAAGGAUUCUGGGAAGUGUGGUCAAUUCUCACGUGUGGUCAACGUCUCCUCCUCUGCCCAUUGCAUCGGCGAGAUCAGACUUAACGAUUUAAAUAGCUGCCAGUGUUAUUCAGCCCAUGCUGCUUAUUGUCGCAGUAAGCUGGCCCAGCUGUUAUUUAGUUCCCACCUCCACCAGGAGCUGCAGCGUGGAGGCUUCCCACUGAGUUCAUGUGCUGUGGAUCCUGGCAUGGUGGAUACUGCUCUCUAUCGCCACCUCUGGACGCCCCUCUGCCUGGCACAGAGCGCCAUUGCUCGCCUGCUCUUCAAGACUCCUGCAGAGGGCGCUGCCACUGUUGUGUACGCCGCUCUGUCACCGGCCCUGGAGGGGGAGUGUGGUGGAGGCUACUGGGCCAAUGGGCGUAGGGAGAUGACAACACCACCCACCUUUGACCCCCAGCUGCAGCUGAGCCUAUGGGAAACCAGCUUCCAGUUGCUGGGCCUGCAGUAGCAUGGGACGAACAGACGACUAACUGGACUACACCUCGAUGGAAGCAUCAGAUAAAGACCCUUAACUCGGGCCAACCAGCCGCCUUCUCCUUCUCCCUUUUUAUCUCAGUGUUUUUAUUUUCCCACUCAUACCUCACAUCGAGGUGUUUGUAGCGAAUUAUGUUGACAAUCUCACAAUCCACCGCUGAACUGUGAUGGUUAUUAGGGGAGUGAAGAGCUCGUAUUCAUGCCAGACCCACCAAGGAAGGGCUACAGGGGAUGGAUUUUUUUUCUGCUAUGAGCAAGCAAACACAUACAAACACUAUCGAUAUAUGAUUUUGCUGUCGUAGAGACUGGGCAGCUGCUAACAUUUAGUUAUGAACAGAUAUCAGUCGUCAUCCAUCUCUGAUAUGGUGAAGUUCAUUCCCUGAUCAUAACAAACCUGAUGUCCGGCCAGAGAAAUCAUUCCACGGUGUCACGUUCAAAAACCUGCAAUGACACCUGCCUCACUCUGCCUUAAUGUCAUUAGUCUGGCUUGCAGUGAAAACGUUCGCUGUCCCUCAGUGAGCUAAAUGCUGCUUUAGAGGCUUUUUCAUCCUGACAAUAAAAGUCUUGGCAGACAUUAAGAUGCUUUUUGGACAUAAUAACAUGUCAGUUCAAAAGCUGAGUUUUGGCAUCGUACACUGGCUUCAGGAUGACGUGUCGGUCAAGCCCUAGCACACACACACACGAACACACACACAUUCAGGCACCGUAACAAUGACUUGAUUUUUCAAGUCUGAACCCACCUUGCUGUGGCAAGGGAAUGUGAUGUCAUCAGUUGGCUUUUACAAAUCACGAUAUAACAGAUCAUCUCGCAGUACUGCACCUUAUUUUCGGGUUCCUUCUCGUGCUUUUAAUGGUCGCUACUGAAUCCUCAUCCUAACUGCUGGUAGGUGUAUAAUAAGCUGUGUUUUAGGUGAAUUUCGUUGUUCUUAUGAAGAUGCUGGGAAAACACGAUCAACGCCUCUUUUCUUUCUCUCUCUCCACGGCUCAGCAAUCCAACGAAAAACGUUCCUUCGGACUGAUCAGGGGAUUUGGGACAAGACACUGAAUAAAAGGGAGAGAUCCCAUGUAAAAGUAGGCCUAAAUUUGGAAUAAUUCCCUCCUAUAGACCCAAGAGUGAUGAGACAGUCGGUUUUGUUGUGGGGAAGAGGACAUUUUGUGAAGCCAGGAUUUCCAGACGUUUGUGUUUGCUUUUUUCUGCUCAGAAACAAAAAGGGAUCGAUGGGGAACCAACACUCUGUCCCCAUUUUCCUUUGUGAUCUGUGUUAAUCGGUUUUACUGUGUCUGUGAUACACGUGUGUGUUUUAAUGAUCAUGAGUUGAGAAUUCACUCAUGCUCUAGACCCCAUUCAUUUCGAUGGAUAGCACAACAAUGACCACUGGAAGACGAGGGAGAGGGAAAGCACUUUUUUUUUCUCAGUAUUUAAACUGUGAUUGGUUCCUCAUUGCUGCUGUUGCCGCUUCCUCAUUUGGCGCCACUCCCAGUGCAUUGUGGGAUUGAGAUUUCCCAGUGGUGAGAAUCAAACUCCAUCUGCUGAGCUGACACACACACUCACUCGGAAACAUUGGAAGCUGUACAUCCAGGCACAGGCUUAUCUAAACAAGCACACAGCAAACAAACACGUCUGUUACUCAUGCAGGAAAACACUCACGCACACGAACACACACACACACGCACAUUGCACCAUAAUGCCAUCUCCACUGUGAUAAACCAUUUUAGCUGUGAAGAUGAAAAGUUUGAUCUCAAAUUAACAAGUUUUGGCUAAAAUAAAUCUUGCCCCACAUGCCAUCUCAUUGCUGUACGUGUAUAAUGUUGCUUUGAAUACUGCCACUGAGCAUCCAGCAAUCGUUACCGUAUGUGAAGCAAUAGUAUCACUGUGGUAGCUAAUUCAGCCAGUAGCACAGAGCCAGACAUUCAGAAUAGGAGCCCAAGAGAGUGAAAGUGUAUAAAUAAAAAAUAUACCAGCUUCAAGUUACCCAUAAUAUCAGGAAUUCAAAAUUUCUCCAUCUACAUUUGUGAAAAAGUUUCUAGAAGAUGUUUUUAAUGUGCAGUGUUUUAAAUGGUUCAUUUAAAGUUGUAUUGUUUUUCAGGCAGUUUGAAGAUGUGUCAGGGGCCGAAUCCUCCGAAGGUGCAGCCCUGUGAAGGUCAGGUUGAACCUGCUCCUCCCCGUCAAAUGAGAUGCCAGUCUAGGCUUACAGAGAUAAAAACUAAUGAUGCAUUCAGGCGCUCAUCGUCAACUCAGUCAUAGGAUUUUGCCAUCAAACAGCCAACGAAGUUUCCAGUAAGAGCUGUGAUGUUAAACACCACGUGGCCCAGGUUAAAGGUAGAUAUAUACGUAUGACUUCCAUUUAUUUGUAAUGCCCUGUGAUCAACACGUCCAUGCUGCAAAUAGUGGAGUUCAUGCCUUCCAUUAUUUACAACCUCUUGUCGGUGUAGUCCACGUGAAAUGAUUACCGGUGAUGAAGUACCAGGUCAAUGUGACGUGAUCGCGUGAAUUUACGAGUUUGACAACGAUUGCCUGAAUGCUUCAUUGAGCAGUCAAUCAGCGCACAAUGGAUUUAGGGAUCUUAAGGGGCCAGCUAUUUAAAAAAAAGGAGCGGCAGUGUUUCUUGGCCUUUUGUGAAGGAGCCUUUGAAAUGUGACAGGCCUUGUUAGCUCAUUAUGAUGAAAUACAGAGUCUGGAUGGUCCGUCUUUAAAAAAUGCUGCGUUCAUGUCAUAAGGGAUGGAUCGUAGAGAUAGAAGAGAUUACCAUGCUCACAACUUGUGUGCGUUAGUCCUGCAAGUCAGUGACUGGAUUAGUUGAAUAUUGAUUGAACAUUGACAAGCUGGAAGCUGAUAAUUACGAUAACUCUGAUAUGGCAUGAAUGUAGCAUAACUUCAGGAAAACACAUCACAGCUUAACUUAGUUCCGAUUGGCAGGCUAAAUAUCAAUACUUGAGGUAGGGACGGCCAUAAAUUUGUAACUUAAUUACUUUAUUUAGACGUCAGUUUUGGAUAAACAUAUGAAGACAUGAUUUGAUGGGACGCAGUGACCCAAAUGCUAUCUAUUAAUAUCUGUAAAUAUAAAAUGAUGUUAGAUGUCUGUCAACUUUUUUUAGCUUGAUUUUGGCAAGUAAGCUAUUUUGAUUAAAUGAAAUGUGCAGUCUAAGCUGUUUAAUGUUAAACUUAACCCUAACCCUAUACCUGACCUGCAUUUUCACUUGGAUGUUCAUUUCAGACCUCAUUCUUACGUUAGAUUUCUUCUUUCCAAGAACUUGAGUACUAAUUAGGCGUUACCUAAUUUGAAAGAGAGUCGCUGACUCCAGUGAGCCAAUCAGAGUUCUGUGUGUGGACUUCGAUUGAAUUAAACCAAUUUCAAUUUCGCUUUUGACUGACUGACUGAACAUCAUUUUGCCAAAUAUCAUGAUCCUUAGUUUAUUAGAGAAGGAAGUUGAAUUCAUGUUUGAAAUCCUAAUUUAAAGCGAACAUCUCUUAGGUUUGAUGGGUUUUUUUGGGUGUAGUAGUUGUGUGGAAAUUGACUCUAAAUGCCAGCAAUACUCCUCAGUUCUUGAGCACCUUUUCUUCUACUCAGUGCUGUCAAACUGCUCGGAAACCAACUGUUUUAUCGCCUCAGUGCUUCCUUGUUCGACUGCGUGGUUCCCCGAGGCUACUGUAAGGUACUGACUAAAUAACAGAAUAACAGACAACAAAAACCUAGGCCUGUUAAACAAAUGCGCUCACUUCCCUUCACACAAAUACAAACACCAGCUUACUACUCAGCAGUGCUCAUUUAAAAAAAAGUACAUGGCUACAGUGUGAGCUACAUCCUGUCAAAGAGCUACCGUGUUUUGCACAGUCAAGCCGCCACAGUAGAUGUAUUAAUACCUGAGAGGGAGAGACAGGGAGAACGUCACUGGCUGUCUUUCCUAUUUGAGCACAAGGUUUUCCAAAGACGAGGCGAGGAGGAGUGUGAGGGUCUGCCUUGGUGUUCUUGUUGUGUCAGCGCACAGACGAGGGCUGCUAAAUUAUCAAUGAUUACCUUGUUAUAUAUUUACCGUACUCCUGAAGCGCUCUACACAGACAGGACAACACAGUGAAGUUUCUGAACUUGAAUGGAAAAUAUAUAAAAAGAGCAAAAAAACAAAACAAAAAAAAAAACAGCCCAAGUAACUGUCUGUGAUAUUGUCUUUAUGUGAUUUACUCGUAUAUGAUCAUUUUAAAGCGUUGUCGCCGCUGGACAUUGACCAGUGGAGCUGUGUGUAGACUGACAACCUUCUAAUAGCCAUUCUUCUUUCUGACCUGGGAUUACAUUUAUAUUAAAUGUUUCAGUCCCAUGUUCUGCAAAUCCUAAAUGUGUAUAUGUAUAGGAAGAGAGAUACUAUAAAGAUGUAUACAGGGGGUGAACAGAUGAGCUGAGUCCUUACUCUGGUACUAAGAGAAAACACAUGCAGACAUUUACGUGUCCUUUCACCUUUAUUGCCAUAUCGCCCUAUACCAUUGUCUCCUUUGACUGCAAGUGCGACCUUUCCCUUGCAUCCCUGCGGGCUGCACAUAGAGGAUGUUUCCACCUCAGAUCCAGUGUAAAUAUUCAGUCCAUCUGGUUCCCUGAGGAUUUAUGAAAUGUGCAAAAAUGUUUUAUUUUUAUCAUUAUUUUUGUUGUUGUUGAGAUACACAUCUUAUUGCUUUUGCCGUGCCUAAGAAGAAAAUCUCCCUCAUACGUGUGUAACUGUGAAUUUUUUCAUGUAGAAAUGAGCUUGUAGAAACUGUGAUUAUCGUCUUGUCCUGUGCAUUGCCGUGAGUUUUUUCUCUCUUUGGAGUGAUGGCGGUGGAGGUCACGAGUGUGUGCGUGUCAGAGUGCGAGUGAGUGCGUAUGUGUGUGUCUAGAUAAGGGAGUUCAUGUCCAUGUUUUUUGUCAAUGGUUGUGACAUUCCAGCAGCAGCCACCACCUUUUCUAUUAUCCAAAGCCUCUCAAUAAACAUAUCAUUGUGCCACUCUU